ACUUAAUAUAAUAAAUAGUACUAGAAUGUACCCCAUGCGAUAUAUAUAUAUAUAUACGACGCUAUAAACGCUAAACCCUAAUUAUCUCCAUUCCUCUAUCUUGCGAUCACGCCUCGUAGAGAAGGAAGCCGCUUUGCGUUUUUGAAGUCAUGGAUCCUCUGCAGCCUGAGCCUGUUAGUUACAUAUGUGGAGAUUGCGGAGCAGAGAACACAUUGAAGCCAGGGGAUGUCAUACAGUGCAGAGAGUGCGGAUACCGCAUCCUUUACAAGAAGCGUACUCGCAGAAUUGUGCAAUAUGAAGCUCGUUGAGGACAAAGAAGUCUGCUAAAGUAUGUGUUAAAAUAGAACUUGUAUUAAAAGUUUGAUGCUAUUGUAUGAUUGUGUGGUUUGUAAAACCUCAAACUUGUUCAUGGUUGUGGAUGCGAAUUGUUUCUAUUAGCUCACGUUAUUUGUAAGUUACUGAUACUAUGUUUAUUGGGCGUGAUUAAAUUGGUAAAUCCAGUUAGCAACAUUA